CUUGCCUUCUGCCAACCGCCAAGAAACUCUGAAGGCUAGAUUUGGUUUGAUUCACUUUAACAAAUCAGUACGAGUUGCAUUGGGUGCAUUGCUCGUUGGCAAUCCCAAAGACCGGCCUUCAUUCUCCCAUGGUAGUUUCAUUGCAAUACUAAAUCUUCACCCUGAGACCAAGAGUCCCCAUUGACACUAAGUGAUGGUCUUAUGUGGAUUAUGAAAUUGAGAAGAUCGUACCAAGUGCUCAUAUUUAACAAUGAAACUCCCCAAUUCUGGAUACAUCGUUGCACAGAAAUGUGGCCGGUCCAUUCCAAGCACGGAUUCAGGCAAGCGUGAAAUGGCGAAAUCCAGAAUCCCGAGGGGAAUAAGGCGAUCGCAAGACGAUAUUACGGAAGAUUACGACGAGAUUGAUCGCCGAAGUCCGCCAAUUUUUAUUAACAACACUCACACCAAAGUGAUUGUGGCAGCUGAUCGAAUCGCAAUCUUGGAAUGUCGAGUUCGAAACCUCGAUGAUAGAGCGGUGUCUUGGAUCCGCAAAGCCGAUAUCCAUAUCCUGACCAUGGGGAAAAUUGUCUACACCACGGAUAAGCGGUUCUCCAUUGAGCAUUCCAUGGCUAGCGACAAUUGGAUCCUCAAGUUGCGAAAUGCACAAGUGGACGAUUCCGGGAUUUAUGAAUGCCAAAUCAAUACCGAACCCAAACGGAGCAAGGCCUACUUACUUCAAGUUGUGGAAUCGAAUGCCAAAAUCGUGGGCGACCGUGAUGUCAUGGUACAAGUGGGCAGCGACAUCAAUCUCACAUGCAAGGCGCAAGAUACCCCGGAACCUCCGGCCACGGUGUAUUGGUACAAAAAUGGGGUCAGGGUGGAUUCACUUUUGGCUCGUGGAGGAAUCUCAGUGGUCACGGAGAGUAGGCGAAGGUCCAGCCAUCUCCUGGUCUCAAAAGUGACUUCCGAGGAUGCCGGGAACUACACAUGUGCUCCCGCCAAUUCCAAGACCGACUCGGUCACAGUUCACGUCAUACAAGGAGCGGAUCCACGGGCAAAUGUGAUGGCUUCGUCAACGCCUCAAUAUCAGGUUCCAAUCAAAUUGCAAAUUGUGCUCGGACUUUGGCUGCUUCUAGCACAACGAUAACGGGUCAUCAAGACUUUGAGUACAAUAACUACAUACGUUGUAAAAAUUGGCUUUCGCUAAUAAAAAUACUCCCAAACAAGAAGAACGAAGCCCU